AUGACUCGUGUUAAAUGCUCAAAAUUACGUGGCAAAAAGCCCGAUGAACUUCAAAAACAAUUAGAAGAAUUACGUCAAGAAUUAAAUACACUUCGUGUUGGUAAAGUUACUGGUAGUGGUGGUGCACAAAAAUUAGGCAAAAUUCGUAAUGUACGAAAAUCAAUAGCACGUGUUCUUAUUGUUACGCAUCAAACAACAAAAGAUAAUUUACGUGCAUUAUAUCAUGGCAAAAAAUAUAAGCCAAAAGAUUUACGAAAACGUAAAACACGAGCUAUUCGACGUUUAUUAACACCAAAGGAAAAAUCAGUUCAAUUGGUAAAAGUUCAACGACAACAAUGGGCUUUUCCACAACGUACAUAUGCUGUUAAAGCUUAA